CUCCAGGACAAGACGGACAAUCUCGCUGUGUCCGCUCAGGGAUUCCGCCGGGGAGCCAACCGGGUGCGAAAGAAUAUGUGGUAUGUCCCUCGGUAUCUUGAUUCUAGUUACCGCGCCUCACGACUUGACCUUCCUUUCUCUCUCCCUGUUGCGGCUGAAGGUGGAAAGAUAUGAAGGUCUGUGCUUCUUACUGCUCAUUCUUAAACUAUCCCACAACGUUGCCAUCCAGAUGCGUUUGAUCAUCGGCGCCGCGAUUGCAGUCAUCAUCAUCAUCAUCGUGGUCUCUGUGGUCAAGGCUAC